CUCCGUCUCUCCGCGCCGGGGUCAUGGCCGCCCCUGUGGCUGCGCGGAGCCGGGCUCUGCUGUGGGCUGGUGCUGCAUGGCUGCGGCAAGGAGGCGUCGGGGAGCUACUGCGGGCGCGAAUUGAAGGGGGCACCCCGGGGCGUGACUUCAGUCUCUCUCAUUACCGGAGCACGGUCAUCGUGGAACGCUGGUGGAAGGUGCCGCUAGCCGGAGAGGGCCGGAAGCCGCGCCUGCACCGGCGACACCGCGUGUAUAAGCUGGUGGAGGACACGAAACACCGACCCCAAGACCUCCUGGAGCUCAUCCUCACGCAGUCCGUGGACGAAAUUGGAGUCCGGGGUGAUCUGGUCUCCGUGAAAAAGUCUGUGGGUCGCAAUAAACUCCUUCCUCAGGGGCUGGCUGUGUAUGCAUCUCCUGAAAAUAAGAAGCUGUUUGAAGAGGAGAAAUUGCUGAGACAACAAGGAAAACUAGAGAAGAUCCAGACGAAGGCAGGAGAGGCGACAGUGAAAUUUCUGAGAAGCUGUCAUCUAGAGGUGGGAAUGAAGAACAACGUCAAAUGGGAACUAAACCCUGAAAUUGUUGCCCGCCAUUUCUUCAAGAAUCUUGGUGUUGUGGUUGCCCCACAUGCUCUGAAGUUACCAGAGGACCCUAUCACGAGAUGGGGCGAGUACUGGUGUGAUGUGACUGUAAAUGGACUCGACACUGUAAGGGUUCCUAUGUCCGUGGUGCUCUUUCAGAAGCCCAAGACCAAAAGAUACAAGCACUGGUUAGCCCAGCAGGCUGCCAGGACCACGGCCCCCACCAGCUCCCAGGCGGUCUGAAUGUCCUCUGCUUCCAAGACAAAGCAGUCAGAAGAGCCUUGCAAUAAAGCGGGCCAGCACUUGAAGCAAGUAUGGAUCCUAAAGAACAUGUGAACUCAGCAGACUGAAUAGCACAUACAUGUAAGGCUCACUGUGUUUGUCAUACAGUGUCAUCACAGCCAGCUGUAUUAGAUCGUUCUGCAGGCAGUAGAUUUUAUAAGCGGAAUAUCAGUGAACUGGAACAGUCUUCUUAGCCCUUCCAUUGGAGAGUGCAUGGGAACAAGUGAAGGGCCAAGCCGUUGUUCUGACAAUCGCUGUAUUCUCAUCCAGACUGUGUCUCGUGCAGAAAUAAAGAGCUAUUUAACUGGA